AUGGCUUCAUCCCCUGAGACGGCCCCCUCUCCUGAUUCCCCCUCCCCUCCCACCUCCACCGGGGGCUCUCCUCCGCCGCAGGUCUCCCCGCCGGUGACUACCGCCGCCUCCCCGCCGCCGCAGAAGACGCCUGCGCCGCCACAGGCCCAGGCCACUCCGCCAUCUCCGCCGCCUUUGACCGCCAGUCCGCCGCCGCCAUCCGCCGCGUCCUCGGCCGCUCCACCGCCUACGAAAUCCGCUCCACCGCCGCCUCCGGGGCCGUCUUCGUCUCCUCCUCCUCCUCCUCCUCCUCCUCCUCCGCCGCCGCCUUCAAAGACGUCCACCUCUCCAUCUUCUAAGGCCCUGUCACCGCCGCCGCCGCCUCAUUCUUCCAAGUCCUCGUCGUCCUCCUCCUCCUCCUCAUCAAAGGAGGGCUCUUCGUCGUCGACCGAGUCAAGCUCCGGAGUCAACGCCCCUCUGGUGGCCGGGAUCGCCGUCGGAGUGGUGCUCUUCCUCAUCCUCGUGGCCGCCACCUUCCUCUGCUGUGUCAAGAAGAAGAAGAAGAGGACGCCCCACGACGCCAUGAGCUACUUCGUUGACCCCACGCGGGAGGGCUCCAGAGCGCCUAAAGUCAACCACUACUACAACGGCGGCGGUGGGCCUGUGGACCACAUGGUCAAGAUCCCGCCGCCGCCAGGGGCAGGACUUAGCCCCUGGGGCCCACCGCCGCCGCCGCCGCCCGGAGGGAUGAUGAACAGCAGCGACAUGAGUUCCGCCUACUCGGGCCCACACGGGCCCGUUCUGCCACCGCCAUCGCCGAACAUAGCACUGGGAUUCAACAAGAGCACCUUCAGUUACGAGGAGCUGUCGGCGGCGACAAGCGGGUUCUCGCAAGUCAACCUUCUGGGUCAAGGAGGGUUUGGGCUGGUCCACAAGGGGAUACUCCCCAACGGGAAGGAGAUCGCGGUGAAGUCCCUCAAAUCGGGGAGUGGACAGGGAGAGAGGGAGUUCCAGGCGGAGGUGGAGAUCAUCAGCCGAGUCCACCACCGCCACCUCGUGUCCCUCGUUGGCUACUGCAUUGCGGGAGGUCAACGGAUGCUGGUCUACGAGUUCGUCCCCAAUAAGACCCUCGAGUUCCACCUCCACGGUAAUGGUCAACGCCCCACUCCACACAAUCGAUCUCCACCGCAGGUCUGAGUUGGAUGGCCUCAUUCAUACUCGCAGGAAAAGAUCGCCCCACCAUGGAUUUCCCCACCAGACUAAAGAUCGCCUUGGGAGCCGCCAAAGGCCUCGCUUACUUGCACGAAGACUGUAUGUACUCUCUCUCUCUCUCUCUCUCUCUCUCUCUCUCUCUCUCUCUCUUCUCUUGAAAUCCGGCUCUUCAUGCUCUUUUCUCUCUCUCCCGCAAAGUCUCCGGUCCUUCGCGCUCAUCUCUUUCUCUCUCUCUCCUGUGUAAGGUCACCCGAGGAUCAUCCACCGUGACAUCAAAGCUGCGAACAUCCUCCUCGACUACAAGUUCGAAGCCAUGGUGAGGGCUCCUCGAUGCAUGAAGAUUGGCGGGGAGUUUGAUGACGUGGCCCUAAUGGCUUCUUCCUGUGUAGGUCGCGGACUUCGGGCUGGCGAAGCUUUCCUCAGACAACUACACCCACGUCUCCACUCGCGUCAUGGGAACCUUUGGGUCUCUCUCUCUCUCUCUCUCUCUCUCUCUCUCUCUCUCUCUCUCUAGAUGAGUGCAGUUCGGAUUAUACUAGUGUAUAGUACAAUAAUAUGGAUCUAGAUAAAUUGAAUUGAUUGAGCCUUCUGUACUCAGCUACCUUGCGCCGGAGUACGCGUCCAGCGGGAAGUUGACGGAAAAGUCCGACGUGUUCUCCUUUGGCGUGAUGCUCCUGGAGCUGAUUACCGGGCGGCGACCCGUUGACUCCUCCCACACCUUUAUAGAAGACAGCCUCGUCGACUGGGUCUGUCCUUAGCCUCUCUCUCUCUCUCUCUCUCUCUCUCGCUAGAUUUGGGGCUUCACCCUCUUCGUCUAUCUAAACACAGGCGAGGCCGGUGUUGACCCGCGCUCUGAGCGAUGGGAACUACGACGAACUGGUGGAUCCCCGGCUGGAGACCGCCUACAGCCCCGUUGAGAUGUCCCGCCUCAUCGCAUGCGCUGCCGCUAGCGUCCGCCAUUCCGCCAGGAGACGCCCGAAGAUGAGCCAGGUCCGAACCCUUCCCCCCCCUCUCCCUCUCUCUCUCUCUCUCCCCCGUUCUCUCUCUCUCUCUCUCUCUCUCUCUCUAUCUAUCUAUCUUUUCCUCUCUCUUUACCUCUCUCACUCUGUGCGUGUCUCUCUCCGGAAGAGGAGGAAGACGAAGUGCUGAACAGCCUUCGCCCUCCCUCUCUCUCUCUCUCUCUCUCUCUCCCUCUCUCUCUCUCUCCCCGGAGGAGGAGGAGGAGGAGGAAGAAGAAGAAGAAUAAUGGGUGGUUGAGUUGACAAGUGUUCGUUUUUGAGCGGCCAUGCAGAUCGUUCGGGCAUUAGAAGGGGACUCGUCCCUGGAGGAUCUGAACGAGGGGGUGAAACCAGGGCAGAGCAUGGCCUUCGGCAGCUCCAACGGCAGCUCCGACUACGACUCAACCUCCUACACCUCCAACAUGCGCAAGUUCCACAGGGCCGCCCUGGCCAGCCACGACUUCGGCAGCAGCGACUACGGCGGCGCCACCAGCGAUUACGGCCUCAACCCCUCCGCCUCCACCAGCAGCGGCGGCAACUCGGGCGAGAUCCACGCCGGCGGCACGAGGAAGAACUUCUAA